UUCAUGGACGACUGUUUCAGCAUAGCUCUGGAAGGGGACAUGGAAAUAUACGAACCAUAUGGCCUGACACUCCCUAGAGAGCAAGCUCGUCUACUACGACUCUGGGACUUUCUUGGGAUCCCACACAAACAAUCGAAACAAGUGUGGGGCGAAACUUUGACUAUUAUCGGCUUCAUGGUAGACCCCAAUGAGUUGACUGUCACCUUACCAGCCGAUAGAAAAGACAAACUAGUGGUUCAAGUCAGAAAGUUUGCCAUGUCAUGCCAAAGGACCCUGCAGGAGUGGCAACAAUUGACCGGGUGGAUCAAUUGGUCACUGAAUGUCUUCCCGCUAUUGCGUCCUGCACUAUCAAAUGUAUAUGAUAAGAUGAAGGGAAAAUCCAACCAAUCCGCUCAGAUUUUUGUGAAUAAGGCCGUACGUGAUGACCUCACAUGGUUCGCAGAACACGCCGAGACCUCGUCUGGUGUGUAUCUCUUUGCAAAUAUCGAUUGGGACCCUCUGGAAGAGUUCGACAUC